AAUGGAGACAACAUAUUAUUUAAUGAAUAAACUUAAUUGUAUUGAUAAAGAAUUAAUACCAAGUAUAAUAUUUUUUGGGGUUAAAAAUAAUAAUUUAAUAAUUAAUAAUAUUGUUGGUUAUGAUUUAUUUAAAAGAUCUUUUUCCUACUCGGUUAAAAUAAAAUUUAUUCCUUUUUUAACAAAUUAUAAGAUUAAUGAUAGCAGUAUAUAUUAUAAAAAUAAUAAAAUUUCAGCAUCAGAAAUUUUAAAUAUUAAUGAUAACAACAACAACAAAGAAUUAAUUUAUAUUGAAAUAGAAAGUAAAAAUGGCUAUAAUCAAAAUAUAUAUUUUUUUAAUUCCCAACAAGAUGAGAAUUUUAAAGAGAAUUAUUUAAACCAAAGUACUAUAAUUUCGGAUGUCAGGGAUAUCGAAACGGUCAAACAAAAUACUAAAUCUUAUUUAAAUGGUGAUAAAAAUAAUAAUAAUAAUAAUUUUGAGAUGAAUUUUAAUUCCACGCAAUUUCCACUGCAACUAAAAAAUAUAUCACAAAUUAAAAAUUGUUAUGAUUUUGCUGAAUUUAAUAUAAACUAUUUAUAUAACAAUUAUUUUUUCAAAAAAAAAGAUCAGAUAAAAAAUAAUUUAAAAAAAAGAUUAAUAUUAAAUUAUAAUAAUAAUAAUACUGAUUGUUUUUCAAAUUAUAUGGUUUUAUCUAAUUUUUCGAAUCAUUUCAAAAUUAAUUUCUUAAGUUUAUUAGAGAAUAAGUUUCCAAAUUAUGAUUUUGAAAUUGAACUGAAAGAAGAAAUAAAAGAAUUUUUAAAUAACAAAAAAAUUGAGCAAAUUUUAAUUAAUAUUAAAACAUUUGCAAUUGAAAAGGUUAUAGAAAUAGAGUGCAUUAAAUUUUUAGACAGUAUUUUCGAAAAUUUUAGUGGUUAUAUAAAACAAAUAUUUUUAGAACUUGAAAAUAUUAUUAAAAAAAUUAAUUUCGUUUUUUUUUGUGAUGAUGAUUUAUUAAAAAAAGAAAAUUUUGAAAUCCUAUUGAAAGAUAUAAAAAGUGAAUAUUUAGAAUAUAAAAAAAAGAAGGAAGUUGAAAUAUCAAAUUAUUUUAAAAUUUUUUAUAAUGUUCAAAAAAAUAAUAAUAAUAAUUAUAUUUUACAAAAAAAAAUGGAAGAUUUUCAAAAAAUUGAAGAUUUUAUAUUAUUAUCUAUACAAAAUAAUAUAGAGCAAUCAUUAAUUAUUAUAAAAAAACAUUUUAUUUCUAUUAUAAAUUAUUUAAAAAAUGAAUUAAAAGAGGAUUGUGAUUUAAAUAAUAAUUUUUUAAAAAAAGAGAUAAAAAUAUCAAAAGAUAUUUUCGAAUUUGAAAAUAUUUUAAAUUCUUUAAAAUUAAAAUAAUAAAAAAAUAAAAUUAUAUUUCAAACC